AUCCAGCUUCCUCCACUUCACUCUCCACAUCUCCUGGGACUCCUUGCUUGUGUGGAAGAUGUCCUGCUCCAGCGUGUGUGCCCCUGCAUGUGGCGUGGCCACCCCAACCCCACUGGCUGACAGCUGCAACGAGCCCUGCGUGCGCCAGUGCCCCGACUCCACUGUGGUGAUCCAACCCCCGGCCACCGUGGUCACCUUCCCCGGGCCCAUCCUCAGCUCCUCCCCGCAGUACUCUGCUGUUGGCUCAGCAGGAGUCCCCGCCGUCGGAUCGGGCAUGGGUGGCACCUUUGGACGUGGUGCCGGUUUUGGUGGCUAUGGAGGCCUGGGAGGCUAUGGAGGCUUUUAUGGCCUUGGUGGCUAUGGAGGCUAUGGGGGCUAUGGAGGCUUUGGCAGCUGCGGAUACGGUGGCUGGCGCCGAGGCCUCAGUUACCUCAGUGGCAGCUGUGGGCCCUGCUAAACCCCAAAUAUUCACUCAGUACAGUGCUGCAUCUGCUGAGUCUUCACAAACUCCUCCUCUUCCUCCACCAGAUGCAGCUUUCCAUUUCUCUUUUAGCUGUGCCAAAGCAGUUAAUUUAAAUUACUGCUUCUUGCUUUUUGCACUCUACAGCCUUUCAAAUCUGCAGUUAGGGGCUCAGGGUUUCCAACAGUGCCUCCAGAUGUUCCCCUCCACCUGUGUAUAGCGAAGCAGUUCUGAUCUUCAUGUGUGGCUCUCCCCACUAUGACCAGCUCUGAGCCUCCUCAACAGUGCUGUGAAGAGGAAUCUCUGGGGUGAAGCCCUGGGUUGAAUCUUGCUGCACUGUUGUGGUUUGCACGACUGCAGUUCACUGUUUCUGUGUUGUGCUGCUCUCUGUAUGACUGUCUACUGCCUUCUCCAUUUGCAUUAAAGAAUCUGUAUUGCAUCCACAA